GAAACUUAUAAGUACGUUUGGUCUUUCAAUCGAAGGACAUUGAUCCAGGAUGUUGCCUCAACUGAAGGAAUUGAUUGUCGUCAGCUGGCUGAAACAGGCACUAGACCAUUCUGGGAGUUUUACAUUUGCUACCUUCAUGAUGAAAAAAUCUGUGUUCUGGCUGCAAUUGUCGCAAAACUGCCGCGUGCCUUCAUAGUUACUAAUGACGGACAGAAGGUUGCAUGGGACGUUGUGCUGGUUGAUGAAGAUUGUACGCCGAUACCACUGACUAUGUGGGAAGAAUUUGUAACUCGUCAUGGUUCCGAAAUUGAAAAACGGCUGAAGGAAGGGGAGUUCCCA